AUGGCUGUCCGCGAUGAUCGCCCAAGAGUACAUGUUUUCGGACAGUACGACGAAGCAAAACGACAUAAGAGCGGCAGCCGAUUUCUAAGAUCCGGUGGCGUGGUAAACGGAACAUGGGCUGCCCCUCCAUGGAGCCGAUACUUUGAGAACUUGGACAAGGACCGCAGCGACGAGAACAUCUCAGCAUACCUGAUCGAUGGCGGCCUAGAGACAGCUUGUCAUGAAUCGCGGCUUAUCAUGGAAAGGCGAUUUGAACAGUCAAAGCGAAAACAUGAUGACGAAGACACUCGCCCAAGACGCGAUAGAACAAAAGAAGUCUUCAGAAAGGCUACAACAGGCUGCUUUGACGGUACACCUCUUCAUCCAGUGACAGUCUUUCCCCACCGGGACCUUUUUGUCCUUCAGUUCAAUGACUUGAAAAACGUCAAUUGGAGCUUACUUGGUUUAGAGGCUUCAAUGGCGACUUCUGCAGAAGGUUUAAAUGGGGUGAGGCAUGUCGCGUUAGAGUACGACCCAAAGUGGUGGAGUGUAGCUCAUCCAAGGACAACGCCUUUGUGCGUGGCUGAAGAUGUUUGGGAAAUCAUGGAGGGUGCCUUUAAAAUGUGGCCCAAUGUCUGGAAAUUUUGGUUUAUUGACCGCUCCCUGAGAAGAAAGAAAGAAGCUUCGGCGUUCAAAGAAACGGCAGAGGAUGGCUUCGAGAUCAAUGCCUUCUAUGCCAGCGACAGAAGAUUUUUGGAGAUAGACCAUAACAACCCACACCAUCUCGAAAAGGAGUGGGAAUAUACCGGAUGCCUGAAAGACAAGUCAAACAAUGGCUUAAGUUCGUCGCUGGAUUUCUUGAGAGCAUUGGAGUUAGAGCUCUACGACCUGUCACUUCCCACUUCAGAUAAUUAUUCUCAACAUUACUCUGAUGUUGGGCUUCUUGGGUGGGACAAUAAAUAA